AUGGGUCAAAUAGGGAUCAUCAAAGGGAGCAUCAAAACAUCAGAGUCACUUGUACAUGGUUUAACAAAGUCCUUGUGGUUCCCCAGAUCUCAGCUGAGCAACAGCUGCAGUGGUUUUGACAAAGCCAUCCUUAACCAGGCCAACGCUGUAGUGGAUCCAGAGUUCGUUUAUGAUUGGGGAAAGAGCAGCUUCCAGGUGUCUCAGGAGGUUUUUAACACCUUUACAAAGGAGCAUCCUUUCUCAAAUAAAACAUGGGACACGUGUUCUGUUGUUGGGAACGGAGGAAUCCUGACUGACAGCAGCUGUGGAGAGAGAAUUGAUUCAGCUCAGUUUGUCAUGAGGUGCAACCUUCCUCCUUUGGGAAAUGGUUAUGAGAAGCAUGUCAGUGUCAAAACGGACCUUGUGACAGCGAACCCAAGCAUCCUCAAGGAGAAGUAUGAGUCUCUGAUGAAGCGUCGUCGUCCGUUUGUGGAAAGUCUGCAUAUUUACGGCAACUCCUUGCUAGUCUUUCCCUUCUCUCGUGGAAACACUGCUAUAUGUCUGCGGGCCAUCUACAGUGUUGAGGACUUUGGAAGCCCCAUUAGGCCCGUCUUCCUUAACCCUAAGUACUUCCACAGACUGUCUGCCUUCUGGCGUGUACAUGGCUUGAGAUUAGCGUUGAUGAGCACCGGGCUACUUAUGACUAGCAUAGCUUUGGAGGUCUGUGAAAAUGUGCAUCUGUAUGGGUUUUGGCCCUUCGAUAAUCACCCCUAUGGACUCUACGACCUGACGCACCACUACUAUGAUGACAGAAAAGCUAAAAGGUCCCACGCCAUGCCCAACGAGUUUGAGCUCCUGAUGCAGCUGCACAGACAGGGGGUGCUCAAGCUUCAUCUGGGAGAUUGUCAACGGUUAUGACUAUGAGUCAUAAUUGUAUAUAAGUGUUAUUAUGUUGGUCUGCUUUGUGUUCGGUGUUUCGUUUGUGCGUCUGUCUUUGUGCUGUGUUUCAGGUGCCCAGCUCUGAUUGGAGAAACCCGGAUGGUUGCUAAUGUUUUCUGUAAAACAAUUAUGAUCCAAUCUUUUUAUUAACGC